GCCCCAGCUCAAGAUGCAGAGGUGUACUAGUUUCGUGUUUCUGUCUUUAAUCCUUUGUGCCACCCUGUCAGAAACGUUUGGGCUGGUUUUCUCAGCAAAAGAAAAAAGGGGCUGGACUUUGAAUAGUGCUGGUUACCUACUUGGGCCACAUGCAGUAGAUAACCACAGAUCUUUUAAUGACAAACAUGGUUUCACUGGUAAACGUGAAAUACAGCCUGAUGAAGAUAUCAAAGCAGGAAAUCUUGGAAGACCACUGGCUGAUGAAAACAUUGUGCGCGCAGUAAUUGAAUUUUUGACUUACUUACAUCUUAAAGAGGUGGGAGCACUUGACAAACUACCUUCACCAGAGAAAACAAACCAGUCUUGAAGAAGAAUGCAUUUUUGUUUUGUUGUAGUGUAGAUUUAGGUUGAAUUCUAAACAAAAGAUCUAAAUGAGCUGAAGAUGAGAAGUAUUGUUUGCAUUAAUCUGAUAAAUGGUAAACAGCAUUCUGCCCUCUUUUCUUUGUUUGUCUGGAUUUUUUUGUUUGCUUUUUCCCUCCUUUCCCCCCCUCUUGUGAUGUUAUAGUGUAAAAUUUUUGCCUUGGUAAAAUUUUUCUGUAGGUAAAUGAUAAAAUAAAAAUGAAGAGCAA